CUCCCCACCUCCCCGAGCUCUCCGAACUGCUAAUGUGUCACGGGUUGCCAGGUGGCCAGCUUUCCCAACAAACUAUAGUAGCAUACAGGCAUACACUCCCAGUGAUCAGGUUCGGAUCUCUGUAGCGAAGCGACAAGGUUCUGAAGAAAGCCAAAAUCAAUAAAAUCAAUGGUAAGGAGAGAACCAGACUACUUGUUCUACCACCUUUUUGUCUUGGGGCCAAAGUUACCUGAGGUACGGGGGACAAAGGGGCCGACCCCGGCUCGUCCCAAGUGGUUAACGUCACUGGACGUUAUGGUCCAUGGGUCUCUGCCAGCACUUUUCCGGUCAGCCCUGGAAUUCAAGCGAUCCAAGCUAGCUGGUUCCAAUCCAUGAAAUCAUGUCAACCAUAAUCCCUACGAGUCAAUCCCUGAGGGACAGGAAAUAGCAGCCGAUCGGAUGCGUCUGCGCUGCCUUGCCCCACCUCGCCGCCUGAACGUACCUGGUGCCUCAACAAGACGGAGAGCGCCCGUAUAUGAUGGGCCUGGUUGGUUUAAUCGAGGACCCUUUGAUGGAGAGGGGGACCACGGUUGCCGAGACCAAAAACUUGAGUCGAGAGUCGAGACUGAUCUCUUUUUCCUUUCGUUCCCCCCCCUCCCAGUCAGUCAGUCAGUCAGUCACGCACACACACACACUCUCUCUCUCUUUCUAGUGUCUAGUCUUGUUGAUCAAGAUGAGGAAAUCCGAAAGAAAACAAUAAAUGUUUCAAACCCAUUCACCCGAAGACUACCCGGUCAGUUCCUCAUCUCCUCCCAUUACUUACCCUUAUCCAGUUCUAUCGAGUGGUUCAGAUUGAGGGAGUGGGGUGGGCAAGGAUUGCCAUGGCGAUUAGUAGUGCUAAGCGCUGGGUUCCUGAGACGGGUUUCAUACCGGCGCGUAUUGUAUGUAUCACCUCCCCCCAUCUGCUCAAGCGGUGCAAUGUAUGCCCGAUAUCAAUCAGUUACAAGGAUAUAACUUCCUUUCUUCAUGCUGAACCGCCAACAUAGCACUCUUGUCUGUGUCUCUUUCUAGGAUCAAAACAAUCGGAUUGAAGGAGAGGAGAAUCAGAAGGAAAUGCUUUCCCGCUAGC